AAUCGUUUCCGGGUGGUGUUUCAGUCCAUUGCCACCUAGUAGACCCACGUACGAUGAUGAUUUGAUGAGGUAUGCUCUUCUAAUUCCUUGUCAACGGUGUCAACCCUCCAUGGUGCGCGGUCGUCAUGCAGCGACAUUAGGGACUCUGAGAACGAUCGUCAGUAUUUCGGGUUAGUGCAAUCGGGACUAUAGUGAUGAUGAAACAAUUACGGAGGGUACACUGAGGGGGGACAUGGGCAUGGGACUUCCGGUGUAGGAUUAAAGGGGGGAGCAAAUAAUUCGUACCAGUGAAAUGGCUAUUUCAGCGGAACGAGAAUUUAAAUCUAAAUUGGCCUAAAAGCUCUACUUCCCUCCCCGAUUCUGUAUCGUGGGAUGGAAUCGGUGGAGCUUUCGUACAUAGCUUGCUCCCAAUGCGAUUACAGGACCGUAUUUUUUUGUUGAAGAAAUGCAUUUCGCAUUUUUAACAUUGCUUUAUACAUACUCGUCAACUCGAUAGCUCGCUCUCUCUCCGCCGAUUCCGAUUCCGAUCGUAGGUCCUGCUCGGCUCCUCCCUAAUGUCCUUGAACGUACUGGAGGGCCAAGAAAGGUUUGCUGGCUCGUUGAUACCGACCGCGCUGCAUUCAUUGUUUAAUCAACCGUCGCAGUGGUUAGAUGCUGACACUCGUGCACUUUCGUGAGCAGCAACCUCAGUAUUGCAGUUAGAAGAAAUUUCCCAAUCCAAACUCGAACGUGCGUAAAAUAAACAUCAGUGUGCCAGUGGUUAACAAAAAAAUGAGCUUACUGUUGCUGAUACUGCUUCUAGUCGCGUACUACUCUGUGUACGGUACCAGUGAGGAUUUGAAUCCUACCGGUAGCGCUAGGAAGAAGCGUGCGAAAACGAAUUUGGUGAAAAAACCACGAUACUGAAACGUGUGCGUGUGUGGUUCACCAGCAACGACCCGGAUAACGAUAUCGACAGAAAGGACCGGCAAACGAAAAACAGUCUCACCCUCUUCCCAUUCCAUACCGCCUGUACAAACGAUGGAGCGCAGCAGAGCGCACUCCAAUGUGCCUAACUUUCUUGCUAGACUGUUUAGAAGCGAUUCGACACCUGUAACGAACAACCGUACGAGAGUGCACUGCACACCACGCGCCACCCAGCUGGAACUGCACGAUCUACGACGCGUUCGGUUGCCACCGAUGCCGGCGGGGCUGCCGCGUAACGACCAGAACCGAUGGUACGUCUUCGAUGAGCUGAUCACACACGAGCAAAGCUAUCUGGACGCACUGCACAAACUGCAAUAUGUAGGUGCAAUCCCUGUGGUAAUAUUUAAUGCACUAGAAGCCACGGAAACGUUCGUAGCGAAAGAUACACUGCAGACGAUAUUCGGCACACAUCAACGCAUCUGUAGGCUGCACCAGUUCGGGCAGGUGUUGCUGGAGCAGUGUGUGCGUGAGUGGCCCGGCACCGGUGUCGCCGGGUGGAUGAUCUUGGCCAUGGUGGAACAACCGGCACUGCUGCACUGGUACGACCUGUUCAUCAGGAACCACAAACGGACGAUGGAGCUGUACACGGCCGAAAGCAAUCGCAACCGUAUAUUCGCCUGGUUCGUGAGUGCGAAGUUGCGUGAGCUCGGCGAGCAGCGCACAUUUGCCGAUUACUUCAUCAUGCCGGUACAGCGCAUGCCUCAGCUGUUGAUGCAGGUCAGGGAGCUUGCUAAGCACACGCACGAAACCCAUCCCGAUCGUGCCCUGCUGGACCGGUGCGUUCGACGGAUCACGUACAUAGGCGAGCAGCUGAACGCAGCGACGGGGAGAAGCGAAGCGGUACGCACCGUACUGCACGCCAUAGAGCAGUGGGAUGCAGAUAGAAGCCGUACCUUUGCCCACGACGCCGGUCAGUGUCUGUUGCUGUACAGCGAGCCCUUGAGUGAGAUGUUUAGGAACGGCAUCGGAGAGCGUAUCGUGCUGCUGCUCAGUGACAGGCUCGUCUGUGCGAAGUUGCCCGCCCAGCAGAACGCGGGCAAGCCGAGUGCUUCCUUCCGUCAGCAACCGAAUGCGAUCGGCACACUGACAUGGGUGCUACCGCUGCAGGAGUUUGAAGUGGAGUGCAGCGACCAGGUCGACUCAAGGCUGGGAUCUACCGAAAGUCUCGCAUCCAUCGAUAGUAUACGCGAUUUUGGCACCCUGUCGAGUGUGCGCGAUUUGAUGAGCACAUUCCACCGGUCGCACGAUACGCUCAAUGUGGAUACGUGCAGUGAAGAGCUGAACAAAAUUUGGUCCACGGUGUUGUCAUCGGACGAAGCGGAAGAGGAUGCGACACUGAUCCACGUAAAACCUGCGAAGGGUAGAAGGCGUAUCCUGAAGACAAAAACGGCCGACGGCAAGAAGGAGUGGUGUUAUACUAUAAGGAUCACCCAGCUAGCAUUGCGGGCCGAGAACUCUCCUGGCUGGUGGAAUAGUGCUGUGUACGCACCGUAUGAGGCACUAUUCUGCAAGACUCUUGCAGCGGACAACUUCGCUAGUGUAUGGAGUGUGACGGCCGCUUGCUGUUUUGCACCCAACACCACCACCUCGGCAUACUCCAACGAGCUGUUUCGCGUGUGGUCGAACCGACAGCACGUCCUGUGGCUUAUCUUGAAGGAUAGCCAUAGCAGCAAAAUCUCCCUGUACACCCACGAUCGCCGGACAAACCGGAUCGAUGCGCGGGCAACCAUCUGUUUGCCGACGGUACGGGUCAGCUCGGUCGUGUAUGUGCCAGUGGGACAGGUUGGCAACACCGUGACCGACACGGUGUGGAUUACUACCCGCUCACGCCUAAUGAUCUACUCUGCCACGUAUCCCAUGAUUGAAGCGCGAUUGAAGAGCAUCCGCAUCAAGGGCACACCCAACCAGCUGUUCUACCACGACGGGCGUGUGUUCUGUGGGACGGUCAACGAGCGGCUGCUCAUAUUCUCGCUAAAGGUAGAUGGUGGUUGGGAUCUGCAGACACCGCAACAGUGCCGGUGCGGUACCGUCGCAGCGAUGUGCGUGGUGAGCUCCCACCUCUACAUGGCGAUCCGUGCGCAUCUCCGGGUGUACGAUAGCACCGUCGGUGCGUUCGUGAAGCAUCUCGCGUCACCUGCUGCCUGCAGCGAGGACAGACGCUACAUUACGCUGCUGGAGCGCUCCGUCCAUGGGCUGUGGGUCGCACGGCAUCACUGCGGAACGGUCUCGCUGUACCAUGCCAAACACCGCAAACAUCUGCUGGACGUGAAUAUUGGUAGCCACGUUGCCCGGUUCCUGGCGGAAGCUACCGUCGACACAGUGGCAGCCCCGGUCCACGUACUGUCGAUGCAGAUAAUCGAAAACUUUCUGUGGGUUGGAACAAAUGUUGGGCUGGUGCUAUCGAUGCAGCUACCACAAUCGGGCAACGUUCCAAUUAUGGUCGAUCAGAUGGCAGUGGCGUACCACGGUCAUUUGGAGGAUGUUGCAGUAAUCCUAGCCCUGCCAUCACUGAGAGCCCAUCCGGCGAUGGAACCGGAAGCCAUCGACGUUGACCCGCUGCUGGUAGACAAGCUGUACAAGAACACUCGAAACCCGGCACGCGAUCUCACCGAGACAAGGCUCGGUAUCGAAGAGCUGCAAGUUUCCUUCAUUGAUUUGAAGGUACCGUUGGAAGGAUCAGGCGAACGAGUAUCCAGUGCGUUACAGGACGCUAGCUGCGAUGAUGGUGAAGCACAUUCUGCAUUGACAGCUUCCACCGUAAGGGUGAACGAUACGUCACGGGAGACGGAUGACGGGGACGAUAUAGCUGCUUCCCCAGACAAAGCAGACGAACGCACCGCAACCGAAACUUCUAUCUGGGCUCCCAACUCCAUGCUGAUCAUCACUGGUGGUCGCGGGUAUAUUAAACGGCAGCACAACAUCGACCACACCACAUGCUUGCAGGGUUCGUCGCGUAGCCGCAGCACUGCAAGUAUCGCCGAGCUUACGGACAGCUGGAGAUUGAGUACGGUGGACGAGAAGGAAAAUGUCAUACUCUGGGAAAAGCGCUACAACUGAGUACCCGCGCAUCCAACAUAGAGGACUUUGUAGUACUUAGUAGAAGUAGCUAGUAGUGUUUGCUUUUUGUGAUAUACUUUCCAUCCUUAAAUGUUCUAACUUUCUUCCAAUCGAUGAUCUCAAAUGAUACGCUUGUGUUACGUGUUGCGUAACUGUACUACAGAAAUCGAGCUUAGAACACAGGUGCUCCUAUUCACCGAUGCCAUUGUAACGCUAGACUGUAAGGUUUGUGUGAUUGUACCAUGAAACGAAUUGAUCUCAAAUACUUAAGCUCAACUGCUCAAACGUCUGGGAGAUAUUGGACUGGCAGCCGACUGGACCUGAACGACCCGGUACUGGAGAGUUCUGAAGUAGGUCCAAAAUCGUGUAGCAGUUACAAGUAAGUAAUAUUGAUCAAGUCCCUAUUGAGAAUGGAAAGUUUGGAGGUCCCCAAACACACGGCCAUUAUACGAGGCCCUUCCUUUUGGGAGUUUCGGGGCUCUCCAACUGGCUGAGGCUCCCUGGAGCUUGCAGGAAGAUUCCCUUUGAGGCUCCUAACAUCUGCCUAGUUGCCUAUCCCUGUCCCUGUUGGGUUUCUCUCUCAUAGAGGCAUUUAAAGGCCUCUGAGCUGUAACGUACCCUCUGUAAGCUUACUAUGGGAAAUAACUACUCAAAUCAACAGACAAGGACCUAGUAAUAAGUGUCUUGAGUUGACGCAGGUAUAAAAAUGAUUUUUUUUUUCUUCUAUUAUUGAGCUUUUACAGGUACAGACACAGUGGGAAAUAGAACAAGGACCAACCAAAUGGAGACCACCAGCCUGCGGAUAGACACGUAUGAAUGUGUGUUUGUGUGUGUGUGACUCUGUGUGUUCUUGUUUGCACCUUCUUUGUGCAGGCGUCACUGGAUACAUGGUUAUUCUCGUCUUUAAAAUCGAUUUGAAAAAAACCAUCUCACAGUACCUUACCUGCUUUCCGUUCGUAUCGUUCUCCAGGGCGUAUUUAUCUUCAACAUCGUGCAGUGGACCCCGAUCAAGUACCUUGGCUACUCGUAUCCGCUGUGGGCCCAUGCCUUCGGUUGGUUUACCGCACUGUCGUCGAUGCUGUGCAUCCCCGGAUACAUGAUCUGGCUGUGGAGAAACACCCCUGGCGAUCGUGCUAAUAAAAUUCGACUAAUCGUUCGAAUCGAGGACAGCGUAAGCCAGCUGCGGGAGAGAAUGCAGGCCGACGCCGAGAAGGGUAUGGAGCUGUAAGGAGGACGAGACCGUACUAUCCUAUCCCGCGUAAUUGCUACAGCAUUGGGAUAUUAUUGUGCAGAACGAAUGCAGCCGGGAGGAAAAGACCGGAAGCCGCCAUUUAAAUCAAUCAGAUUUCCAUCGCACCUCAUACGAGUGUCGUACGGCACGCUUCGAAUUACACGAACUACAACGAACCACGUCUAAUUAAGUAAGGCUUUGUAGCAAAUGAAACACUCGCACAGGCACAUUUGCGUGUGGAGUACCGCUGCUCCACACUACUGCAGAUCAGCCGCACUACAGAGUUAACGACACGAUCAAAUGCAACUGCGUAUUUUUUUUUAUUAAUAUUUUUAAAAGUAAGUUAGCAGUCGGAUAUAAUUAUAUAGAGUUUAUUCGAGAAAGUAGGCUUAGCAACGACUCACCCUCACCCUGUAAGCGGUGACGGAUGGUUUAACACCUUCAAACUGCAACCGACACACGUCUUGCUACGCGAAUACUGGUCACAAUGUUUUCGAAAACACAUCAACACGAAAUUAGCAAUCACCUCACACUGUGCUUGUUUAGGAUGACGCCUAGGCCUAGGCGCACAUGCCGUAUCUGUUCAAUGCAGCACCUUGCUUGCAGUAGAGUACAGCGUCAGCAUCACCACAACACACAACAAUCCUCCCUAUCUGCUUCUGCGAUGUAUUGUUUUUUCGUCUGCCCCCGAAUAAAGUGUGAAUUUAAUUGAAAUAAACUACGCUCAUCAUUUUACCCGGAUGAUUCCCAAAA